CGCCGAGGGCGUGGGGCUCGGCCGCGCGGGGCGCCGGCGGGCUCGGGCCUCCCUGCGCGCCGCUGGGGCCCCGCGUCGGGCAGCGGCGGGCCCCGAGCAGCGGCCGCGCGUCCGCGGCGCCAUGCAGACCUUCCUGCGGGGCAAGCGGCUGGGCUACUGGCUCAGCGAGAAGAAGCUCAAGAAGCUCAACUUCCAGGCCUUCGCCGAGCUCUGCAGAAAGCGUGGCAUCGAAGUCGUGCAGCUGAACCUGAACCGGCCCAUCGAGGAGCAGGGCCCCUUGGACGUCAUCAUCCACAAGCUCACCGAUGUCAUCCUCGAGGCCGACCAGAACGACAGCCAGUCCCUGGAGCUGGUGUACAGGUUCCAGGAGUACAUUGACGCCCACCCAGAGACCAUCGUGCUGGACCCCCUGCCCGCCAUCAGGACCCUGCUGGAUCGCUCCAAGUCCUACGAGCUCAUCCGGAAGAUCGAGGCAUACAUGAAAGAUGACAGGAUCUGCUCCCCGCCCUUCAUGGAGCUGACGAGCCUGCGCGGCGAGGACACCCUGCGGCUGCUGCAGAGCCACGGCCUGGACUUCCCCUUCAUUUGCAAAACCCGCGUGGCGCAUGGCACCAACUCGCACGAGAUGGCCAUCAUCUUCAACCAGGAGGGCCUGAAGGCCAUCCGGCCGCCCUGCGUGCUGCAGAGCUUCAUCAACCACAACGCCGUCCUCUACAAGGUGUUCGUGGUCGGCGAGUCCUACACCGUGGUCCAGCGGCCCUCGCUCAAGAACUUCUCGGCGGGCACGUCAGGCUCCCCCCCGGGACCGUCUCCGGUGCCCCCAGUCUGGACCGGCUCUGGUCGGAGCGGCGGGAGGACAGCCGGGCAGCACGGGGCGGCCAGGGGCCUGAGUGCCCCGCUGGCGGGAAGGACGCCAGACCGCGAGUCCAUCUUCUUCAACAGCCACAACGUGUCCAAGCCCGAGUCCUCCUCCGUCCUGACCGCGCUGGACAAAAUCGAGGGCGUGUUCGAGCGGCCGAGUGACGAAGUCAUCCGCGAGCUGUCCCGGGCGCUGCGGCAGGCGCUGGGCGUGUCGCUCUUUGGCAUCGACAUCAUCAUCAACAACCAGACGGGCCAGCACGCGGUCAUCGACGUCAACGCCUUCCCAGGCUACGAGGGCGUGAGCGAGUUCUUCACGGACCUCCUGAACCACAUCGCCACCAUCCUGCAGGACCCGAGCGCCGGGCAGGCAGCCGCCUCGGGGGACGGCGCCCCCCCGAGGCCCGGCCGGCUCCCCGCCGAGCAGGCGGGCAGCCCCACGGCCGAGCGGACGCGCAGCGCCAGCCCCAGCUGCAGGACGGGCCCGGAGCCACCCUGGACGGCCGAGGCGGAGGCAGGCGGCGCGGCCAAGCUGCCGCACCAGAGACUGGGCUGCACCGCCGCUGUGUCGCCCAGCUUCCAGCACUGCGUGGCCUCGCUGGCCACCAAGGCCUCGUCCCAGUAGCCGCGGAGCGCGCCCAGGACCCAGGGGACGACUCGGGGGGCCACGCCGCCCCAAGCCAGCCCGCGGCGGCCCGCGGUGACGCGGCCCCUGAGAAUUCCCGAUGAUCUGAUUCUUCUUCUCUCUGUUUUAACGUUUAACCUGACUCUGAUGUCGUGAUCUCAGCGGGCGGAGGGGCCGGCGGGCGGCAGGGGGCCGGGCGGUCCUCGCCCCGGAGUGUACACACGCGGGGGCUUUGGGGUCUGUGGGCACAAGUGCAGGCGGCCCCGCAUGCACGCACACACACACACAAACACGCGCGCCCCUUGUCUGUCUCUGUGACUGCUGUGGGCCAGUCCUGGGGGAGCCCCGGAGGAGGGGGCCCCGCCCAGGGGGUCCGACCCCAGGCCGCGCUGACACCUGCGGCUCUUGGGGGACCCCGGGCGCGACGCGGGUGCCUGUCUCACGCCAAGGCCCCCCUCUGUCAGGGUCCACGCAUACCCUGGAUGGGGGCCGCCCAUCUCGAGGAGGAAGGAUGAAGGCCCCCACCUCUGGCUGCCCCCUCGAAUGCGGCCCUCACUCGGCCCUGCAGGACCAGUGCUACCGCCGGGCCCCGGGGCUGAUCCCGCCCGCGCCGAGACCGAGGGCGAGUUUGGAGAACGGGAGGCGUCCGAGUCCUCGCCCCAGGGGUCAGCGGAGACCAGGAUCUGGGAAGGGCGGGAGUGACGCCCCAACCUCGCUGUGGCCCCGGCCCCCCUCCCCGCAUCCCGGUGAAACGGUUCCUGUGGUUCCUGUACUGGGCGGGGGCGGGCUGCCCGUCCACCUCACACCUCCCACACUGGCUGGCCCCCCGCCCGGCCGCACCCCUGCCUGCCCGGUGCCCACGGGCGGCAGUGGGUUCCUGACCCACACUGGCCGGCAGCCCCUGGGCAGAGAUGGACGUGUGAGGCGUGGACACUCGGGGAGGUGGCCCGGGCCUGGGCUCGGGCCUUGGGGACGGGGACGGGGUCCUGCACCCAAGAGGACAGGAGGAGAGAGACUGUGACUGGCCACCUGGAGGUCUUGCCCCGCUGCCACCUUUGGGGGAAGGGCCGGCGGGGGCACCUGGCUGGCUCGCCGCGUUUGCACAGCCCGAGCGUGGACACCCGCCUGUCCCUUCCCGCUCGCGCCCGAGCCCCGGGGGCCCCUUGCACUGCUUUGCCUCCAAAAUAAACUACUGAAAUCAAACCGCA